AGAUCAAUACUGUCGCACGCAGACAGUGCGAAGGUUGGUCGGUGCCAGCAGAGGAUAGACGUGCGCCUUCAGUUAUGAAUGUAUUGUGUAUCUUGGUGUUGUUUCAGGUUUACCAGCGAGUGCUGAGAUCAGUCAAUACUUCAGGCGUUAGCUAAGCACGUGUAUCGAUUAUAGAUGAUGGCAAAUAAGCACGUUAGUAAUAGAAACAAGGAGAUGGUGUGUGGGAAGAUGGUAUUUUCAAAAGUUUUUGGAAAUCUGUGGCUUUAUUAGCAGUUUAUUUGAAGAUGGAAGUGGUUCAAGAGGAAAUGGGUUGUAUUUUUGGGCUCUUCAGCGUGUUUUCCUUGAAAUAGUAGAUCACCGUAUUUAAAGCUAUGUGGUUUUUCCACAGAUGCUUGAAAGUCUGCUACUAACGUCAGCCUAGAGUCUCCUAAAUUGUGGUGUGCUGUUCAUUUCUUAGUGGUGUUUGAACACUUGCCAGUUAAAUGCAAAUUCAUGCACGUAUACAAAGCUGUACACAGGCCAGGAAGCUGCUGAUGCUCAAACUAAGUUUCUGGGUGUGCAUUACACUCCUCUUAAUAUGUGUUUUGGGGGCUUACAGCAGUGCUUACAGUAGAGCUGUUUGACCUGCAGUGUGGGUUAAGGAAGCUGAUAAUUAAAAGAAGCCAGCUCAGUAGAAUUUCAGACAUGGCAAUGGAAUCUGCUAUAAUCAGUUCAGUCCCUACCACUGCAUCUCGUUUUGCCUUACUACAACUGGAAAGUGAUACUGAUUCAGAGCCUGGAAAAGGCAGAAGUGGCCGACGUGCUGGUAAAUCUCUAGCUCCAGGGAGUAGAUCUACAAAUGUGAAGAAAAGAGAGAAAAGGAGAAGAAAGAGAGAACAGCAGCAGAGUGAGGCCAAUGAGCUCAGAAACCUUGCUUUUAAAAAGAUUCCUCAGAAAUCUUCCCAUGGAGGCAGUCUAUCUCAGCAAGAACAAAAACUGCAUACUACGAUGCAGAAGGACUCUCAGGAAGAAAACUGGCAAGAGUGGAGACAAAGAGAUGAGCAGCUGACAUCUGAAAUGUUUGAAGCUGAUCUUGAAAAAGCAUUGCUGCUGAGCAAACUGGAAUAUGAAGAGCACAAAAAGGAAUAUGAAAACAAUGAAUGUACUUCACCUCAGUCAAAGUCUGUGAAUAAGAAAGAGAAAAGAAAGAACCAGCAAGGAAAAGACAAACCUCUCACUGUGUCCCUGAAAGAUUUUCAGUCAGACAGUAAUAUAGAUAACCUUGCUAAAAAACAUGAGGAGCUGAGCUCUCCCCAGACUUCAUUGAAUGAUGGAAGAUUUUUCAACAGACUAGAAGAUGAUGUUCACAAAAUACUUAAAAGAGAAAAAAGGAGAGACCAGCUUGCUGACUGCAAUGAAGCAGAUAACUGCACAUCUCAUGAGCACAACCAGGAAAGUGUUAUGAAAGAUGGAAGAACAGAACAACUAAAGCUUGAGCUUGAAAAGAAAGAUGCAGAAAUUCAGCAACUUAAAAAUAUAAUAACUCAGUGGGAGGCAAAGUAUAAAGAAGUAAAAGGAAGAAAUGCACAACUUCUGAAUAUGCUUCAAGAAGGUGAAAUGAAAGACAAAGCAGAAAUACUCCUACAGGUUAAUGAAUCACAAAUUAUCAAAAACGAAUUGACCUUACAGGUAACUACACUUCAUGCUGCAUUAGAGCAAGAAAGGUCCAAAGUGAAACUACUGCAGGCAGAAUUAACAAAAUACCAGAGCUGGAAAAGAGGUAAAAGGCACUUAGAAUCUGACCAGUGCAGGUGAUCUCCUUUGCCACUAGAUUCAAUGCAAAAAACAUCAAAUCUUUCUUCAGGGUUUUGCAGAAAUUUAUAUAUUUGUUGUACAACUGCUUAACUAUGCAGUUUUUGAAGAGAAAUUAACAAUUACUAGUCUGAUUAGCAUUCUGAAUAGUUGAUUUGUUGCACUUAAAAGAAAAAUAAGAAAACUAGUAUUCUGGCAAAGCUCAAACUUUAAUUGUAAUGCCAUUAGUUUUGUAUCACUCAAUAAAACUUACUCUUGCA